UCGCGCUUCGGUAAUAUUCCUCCUGCGCUUCUGUGUUUGCGCUCCGUCUCUCUCUCUCUCUCUCGCUCUCUCUCUCCCCCCCUCCCUCCGUCCUGUAUGUGUGUGUGUGUGAGAGAGUGUGUGUGUGUGUGUGGGAGAGAGAGUGUGUGUGUCUCGUAGUUUUAUUGCCCUGUAGUUUUUUUUGUGAGACAGCGCUAUGGAUGGAGACGGGAGCCAAGCCACGUCCGGAAGCCCGAGCGACACGCAGCAUGACCCGGGCAAAAUGUUUAUCGGUGGCCUGAGCUGGCAGACCUCACCAGACAGCCUUAGAGACUAUUUCAGCAAAUUUGGAGAGAUCAGAGAAUGCAUGGUGAUGAGAGACCCCACAACCAAACGCUCAAGAGGCUUUGGGUUUGUUACGUUCGCUGACGCUGCCAGUGUAGAUAAAGUCCUAGCUCAGCCGCACCACGAAUUGGACUCAAAGACGAUCGACCCUAAAGUGGCCUUCCCUCGCCGCGCUCAGCCUAAGAUGGUCACAAGAACGAAGAAAAUAUUUGUUGGAGGUCUGUCAGCGAACACGGUGGUGGACGACGUGAAGCAGUAUUUCGAGCAGUUCGGGAAGGUAGAAGACGCUAUGCUAAUGUUUGAUAAGACCACUAACAGACACAGAGGCUUUGGCUUCGUAACUUUUGAGAACGAAGACGUCGUAGAGAAAGUCUGUGAAAUUCAUUUCCAUGAAAUCAAUAAUAAAAUGGUAGAAUGUAAGAAGGCCCAGCCCAAAGAGGUGAUGUUCCCCCCGGGCACGCGGGGCAGGGCCAGGGGUCUGCCCUACACCAUGGACGCCUUCAUGCUGGGAAUGGGCAUGCUGAGUUACCCAAACAUCGUGGCCACGUAUGGGCGCGGAUACACUGGAUUUGCUCCGAGUUAUAGCUACCAGUUUCCAGGUUUCCCGGCAGCGGCGUACGGUCCGGUGGCAGCGGCAGUGGCAGCGGCACGAGGCUCAGGUAGGGGCGCCCGAGGAAGAGGCAGCUACGUGGCGUACCCACAGAACCCGGGGCCAGGCUUUCCCGAUUAUGGGUUUUAUUCCGCACCCAGUGACCAGCGGGGGGCGCCCUGCUCCUUUGCCGACUAUGGCUCCCUGGGGCCUCAGGCGGCUCAGAUGCUGCAAAGCGAGCACGCCACAUCUGCCUGCAACUCUCCCCUGCAGCACCUUCACAGCCCGGAUCAGUUUAAGAGCCCAGGUGCUAACCCUGCUCGGCCCGGAGCCUUCCCAGGUGCCAACAGUCCUGGGCCUGUAGCCGAUCUGUACGGCCCGACUAGUCAGGAAUCGGCCGUGGGGAACUACAUCAGUGCUGCUAGUCCUCAGCCUGGCUCUGGCUUCAGCCACGGCAUCGCUGGCCCCUUGAUUGCGACGGCUUUUACAAACGGAUACCAUUGAGACCUAACAGGUGGUCGGUCGCCAUCUCAGAGGAGUCUGUACCUGUUUUGAUUCCUCAGCAUAAAUCUGGAGGUCCUGGGAAGACGAGCCGCAGUUUCUAACUGGUCGUGUACAGGUGAUGACGUGAGACUUCAAGCACUGCAGCAUCCCUUUGUGAAAAGGACAGGGGUGGCAUCAUGAAGAAGAAAAGAACAAAGGAUAUGUUAAGCUCUUUAAAAAAAAUAAAAUAAUAAUAAUAAUAAUUAUAAUAAUAACUGCUGUACCAUACACCCCCCACCCUCUUGUAACCACAUAACUUUUAUUUGUUCUGUAUAUUUUCUUUUGCUUUUAGUUGGUUAUGUAGUUGGGGGAAAAAAAGGUUUAGUUGGUUUGUCGUCAUUUAAAUUUUUCUUAUUUCUAUUCAAGUGAAUUUUCUUUUGGCAUUUUGGAAAGUGUAGUUUGUGUUUACUGGUCAUGUCUGAAUUACCUUUGGUACCAAUUGAUGUAAAGCUCAGAUUUUAUGGUGUCAUAUUUGCACAAAAACAGUGAACGAUCCAGCGUUACAGCUUUGAGAGAACCCCGAGAGAUAAACUGACCUAAUCAAUCUUAGUAGCUGUUUUUAAUUCUUGUGAUGUCUCAUUGUCGAUCAUAAUUACCUAUUUUUGGGCAAUACAAAGAGGACUCCAAUAUUUUUAUGGUCCUUUUUUUUUUAAUAAGUGUUGUUUUUGUCGUUUAGGGGGGAAAAAAUAAUGUAUACUAUGGCAUUUUUUUUUUUCUCAAAUGAAUACAUUGUGAAUUCAGAUUUAAGAAGAAAAAAAAAAAGGAACUGUAAAUAUUAUUCCAGUCACUGCAUAUAACCUACACAGAAUGGGGGGGAAAGUACAUAUUUUUCUGACCAUGUGUCAAAAGAAAUUGUUCCAGGGUGUGAAUAAACAAAAAAAAAUAUAGGUCUUAACAGAUUAUUAUCUAGGUGUCACAAAAAUACAGUAAAGUACCCCGGUGACGAAUCGGAUCUAUCGGAUAGCUGUUUUUCGCUUGCUGUGUAAAUACUCGAGCUGAAUAAUUUUCCAAGUGUCAUACCAGCAUAUUUACAAACCGGUGACUACAGGGCACUGCUCACAGUCGGUUGGUGGAGGCUUUUAUCUCCACUCUGGAGAUUCAAGCUUGAACUUUUGAGAGAACAAUGUUUCAAUCCAAAGCACACUGUAGGUAGUGUUAAAGAGAUUUUACUCUGUGUGACCUGACACUUUUAUACUCCUGACGAAAAGAAAAGAAAGGAAAAAAAAAAAAAAAAUGACUAUGUUAUUUGGUGGUGGUGUUUGUCCUGUACACUCGGUUCUACCUGAUUUUGGAACUCGGUAUCUGUACAUUUCAGUUAGGCAUGUGCUGAUGUAAAGCAUAACAAUUGAUCACAAUACUGCUGUGACGCGCGUUUCCAGUAAGUGCGGUUACUCCGUUCUUGCUCUGUUUAGGAGAAAACUUUGAGAACGCGGCAUGAGGGUCUUCUAAGGGUGCUUACUUUAGACAUUUGAGUGAGUAAAACAUGUUCUCAAAGAUCCUAAUUCACUGGAUAUUUGAAGAUUGUGGCAGAAAUCUAUAUUUUUUCCCCACAAUGUAGUCACUUUUUAAAAAUACAACAUUGUGAAAAUAAAUGUUGUAAUCUGUGAUCGGACUUUUAUUGUUUUUGUGAUAUUUUAUCGUGAUGUAACUGAAGAUCAGCACAUGCCUAGUUGCAGCUUAUUCUUUUUAAAUGAAUCGAGAAGGCAAACCUUUUAUACCAUACCUCAGUGCUGUGAGUUUUAACGGUGGAAACGCUUAGAAAAAAAAUGUAAUUUAUUUUAUCAGCGAGUUAACAGGCAAACCAUGCUGAACUGAGUAUAAGGCUAUAUCAUUGCACUGUGACCAGUGGAAAAGCCCUCUGACCGCUUCCUUUUUGCACAUGUUGAAUGCUCCUUGACCAGGGUUUCAUGUAUGAAGACUCCAUAUGAAUGUCACUGCGAGGCAAGCAAAAAGAAAAGCAGUCUCUAGACCUCGGAGCUUAGAUCUCAUUUCAUGGCUAUAGCCGGCAUAGACUCUAAAAUAUUGACAUAUUUUAGAUACAGCUGAUAGAAGACACUGAAUAUGUUCAUGCAGAGAACCAGAGCUGCUGUGCUAACUUUUUCUUGUAUAAUGGACUUUUGGGUUUUGGUCAAAGAUAUAUAACGUUUAAUGAAAUGA